AGAUGGAGUGUGAGAGUCAGAUAACCGAGUCCCCGCUAGAAUGGCCAGUAGAGCUGAACUGUGAUACAUUACCUUCCUACAACCCGGAGAGAAAGACGCCGAAAUGUAUCCACUACGAGCCACCAAAGCCAGCCCAUUGUAAACUUCACAAGGAGAUCGGACCGUGUAGCACCUACCAUCCUUUCUGGUACUUCGACCGGGUGGCAAAAACUUGCCAGACAUUCACUUACGGUGGUUGCCUUGGCAACAAGAACCGGUUUGAAACGAAGGAGGCUUGUAUCCGAACCUGUGGACAAGAAAGCACAAUAGCUCCCGGUAUGUUGAGUACCACAUUGGAUAUCACCACCAACGAGGCGACCACGCCCCAGCCCCUCCCAAAGGUUCUGGAACGCCCCAUGGACCAGACGGUGUUUGAAGGCGAGACUGUCACUCUGAACUGCUUUGCAUCGGGGGCGCUGGAGUAUACGUGGAGGAGGAUAGCUGGUCCGAUGCCUGAACAUAAGAUUCUCGCCGAAGAAUACAGCAGAGAGGGCGCUAUUCUGAUAAUUGCUGACAUGAUGCCCGAGGAUGCUGGGUUAUACAUGUGCAUCGCCGAGAACCAGGCAGGCGUGGAGGAGAGUGUUGCCUCCAUUACAGUUUUAGUACCACCUAGAAUCGUCAAGUUUCCAGAGAGUGCGUUGAUUAUCCAGGGGGAGACACUGGAACUGAAAUGUGAAUUCACGGGGGUUCCCCCUCCCAAGGUUUACUGGGAGAGGGAGGAUGGCCAAUUCGUUUCACAAAGGGUGAACGGUACGGAGUCGACCGUCAUCAUAAGCAACAUCAAUGACAUCCAGACUGGUAUGAGGUUCACCUGUGUAGGACGGAACGAAGCCGGGCUCGACAAGCGAUUCAUUGACGUCGAAGUGAAAGUGCCGCCAUAUUUCACCGCAUUUGCUCGCAACCGAACGCUGAAUGAGGGAGAGACAGCAGACUUCUUAUGCCAGGCAGAGGGGACAAGACCCUUGACGAUCACGUGGUACAAGAAUGGUGAACCGCUUGUAGCGGAUGGUGUUCGAACCAUCUUCUUCGACAACGGAACCAGCUUCCAUAUCACUUCGACCACGCCCAGCGACUCUGGACGAUACACCUGCUCGGCAUCCAAUACCGUCGGGCAGAUCGUGGACGAUGUCUACUUCCAAGUCAUCGCUUCGGCAGCUUUACCACGAAUCACCGAAAGCCCGUCCAAUGCGACCGUCUACAUUGGACAAUCCAUACGUUUCCAUUGCCAAGCAUCAGGCGACCCUGUUCCCACUGUAAACUGGUUGGUGGACGGUUUCACUAUCGGUGUCCCUCCUCUUGAUCGAGACAUGCGGUAUUCGUUCAAUGGCACCGAUCUCGUCAUUGAUCACGUCAAUGUGCGCGAUGCCGGGAAGUAUACGUGUUUGGUCACCUCGCCGCAUGGCAUGGAGCGAGUCAGUGCACAGCUGCGUAUUAGAGAACCCAAACUCGAAAUGGAAACUGCCAUCAGCGACACCAACGUCAUCAUCGGCGACGAUCUCGUGCUUACCUGCGAGGCGAGCGGCGAGCCCGAACCCAGUCUGACCUGGUACCGCAACGGUCUCCCAAUCAAUGAAACCCUUCAGAGAUUCUCCCUCGAAGAGAACUCCCUUAUCAUCCCCAUCCUCACCUCCAAGAUGGGCGGUUCCUACAAGUGUAUCUAUGACAACGGGGUGCUGACGGCGUCAUCUUCGGCGAUGGUAGAGAUCCUUGAGCCUACUGCUAUCACUCCUGCAUCAUCAAUGCCGCCCCCUAUGUCAAACUCAACGACAGCCACCCCGCAGCCAUCGGGCACGAAUGAUAUGUCAGAUAAUGAUUUGUCAGAACUUGGAACCGCUCCCUCAUCUCUAAUGGAACUCAAACUACGUCGCUAUGACGUCACAGACACAGGCAUACCAGACCUGUUUCGGGGAUGGGCCGACGUCCAGGGACAGGGCGCCGCCAACGACUAUUGCAGAGUGAUUGAGCCAGUGGAGGGACAGUACCAGCUCUCCUGUGUCCUCGCCGGGAGUGAAGGGGAGGUGAACUACACGACGAAUCUAGGCUUCGAGAUUGGUGAGAGAAAUACCUGGUAUAUGAAGGAUGAGGACGGCGAUGGAAGAGACGAUUACUGCAGAUGCAUGCGAGAAGCUGGCCAAGGAAGAUGGGUCUACUGCACCAAGGCGGGGGCAAACGGUUUCUAUGGCAACCCUGAUGCGGAGGACUUUGAGACGAACGAGGUAUCGUUCCGCGCCCCCGGACCGGGUGAGGAGUUGAAGAAAUGCAGAAAGAGGAGAGUGGACCCGUUCUUCGGAUUGCCAGAGACACUGGAAUAAAAAGGGCGUUGCCUCUCUUCAAUUCUGAUUAAAAGACUUUAAAUUUAAAGAAGGAUGUGAGCAACUGUUCGUGGUAGCAGAAGAUGUUUUGUGUCAGAACUCAGAUGAGUAGCUGAGGUGUCUUUGAACUGAAUAUAAACGCUGGAGCAAUGGACGCUGUGCCUCAUUUCGGAUAGCUGAAAACUUUUGUAACAAUAAUGAGAUGUGAGCGUCUAAUAGCAGGAUGUUACAUCGUUUCCUUCUCCACAUUUUUUUCAUUCAUCUUAUUUAUUCACUUUGGGGGAAGCUGACGACAGAAAUAUCCGUCUAUUAAAACAAUGUCAAGUGUCAGUGAUGAUGAUAUGCCAUACCCGCCUCUCUUACAUUGGUCAGUUGUGAUAUAUAAGAGUAUUUUUUAAAAUGGAAACUCCAGGGGAAUACCCGUCUGUACUAAGCACCUGUCCUCUUCCUGAUCCACGACCAAAAAAAAAAUCAAUUUAAUAUUCCUUUAAUGGACUAAUGUCGACUUUCGUCACAAAUGCAUUGUAUAUACUCCAAUCAACGUGGCAGACUGGAGUUUUAAUCUGUAGUGAGUAAAAGAGGUUAUGAUUUGUGAAUAUGCCAUUAAGAAUGCGGCGUGGGGUAUAUGACUAUCUACUUUUCAGUUUUUCCUUUAAGAAUCCCUGUAUACUUCUUUCCAACCUGCGUUAUGAAUUAAUAAAAGUUAUUGUGCUAAGCCUCAGAAACAACCCUGCAGCUUUAAAGGUGGUAUUGUUCUACUAUCAAUAUUAAUCAAACCAGUGAAGGUAUUAUGAGAGUCGUAUAAAACAUGUUUCUAUAUCAGCAUUUCAAUUAUAAAAUAUCGACUUAAAACUAUGUUUACCAUGAAUAAUAAUAAUAAAAGUGUACAGGAGUAACAAUUUAGUCUAUUCUUCUAGGAGCCAUGUUAGGAAUCACUUCGUUUUGGAGUAGAAAUCCACGCCAAAACUAUUCGAAUCUACUAACUCUCAAAACAGCUAUCAAACCAUUUGUAUGGGAUGAAUUCAAAUUACUUCGAAUCAUCGGGUCAUCGCGUCGGGUCGGGGGUAAUUUUUAUAAAAUAACCCUCUCAUCUACAAAUGGUCUGUUCCACUUUACACGACACUUUACACGACACACGAAAACUCUACGGUAAAUCUUCCAAGGGUCGCGUCCUUAUAACAUGCAUUUGCACAUAACUUUCCGCUUUCGUUUCACGAAAGGUCAUGUAACGCGACCACCUGACCAGACACGGUGAUCCGAUGACUCGCAGUAAGCCAAUCGCGUGGCCAGAACUGAGCGUUAUCUAUACCAAGCAAAAUAUGACAAUCUGGACCUAUCAAAGACAGUAUGAUUUAAAGUGUACAUAUUUGUUAGAUUGAAGAGUGGAUGUAAUGGUUGAUGAAACGUAAAGUUCAACUAGUAUUCCUUAUUAUUAUAAAAUGUUAUAGUUCUUGAUGGAUGUUUAAUCUGAUAGAUCGCGUUUCCCAAAUGGAUGUCCUAGAUCGUACAUAAUCAAAGUCUUCCAGAAGGUGGUUCUCUUAAAUACCAAUGUGAAGUUUGUCAUGUACAUUAAGUGUAUGUUAAAUGUAAUAUAAGUUACAUUUAAUUUCUAAUAAGUCCAUAUCACAUUUUUAAUACCAAUGUAAAUUAUACAUGUUAGUUGUUUGUUAUGUAUUACGUGUAAGUCCACGUAAUGUACAAACGCCAAUGAUAAGUUAAAAGUAUAUUGGAAUUCCGCAUAUAGGAGGUAAAAGGGGGAACAAGUUGUAGAUGCUUUAUACUGGAAUGAUUUCUGAAUUUUUGUAUUCGCUUAUCAUUGUACAUUUUACGAGUUCGCAGCUUCAUAAAGAGGUGGUGUUUUAUAACUGCUUUCUAUAACAUGCAAUGGCUCAUCAAAGAAAAAUACUUAAUGAACCAGUUCGUGUACAUAUAUUUGUCGUAGGACCUUUCUACUUUGUUAUCAUUGUUGUACAGUAUUAUUGUUUCUAUUAAAAUAUCUUUGAUAUACCUCAAAGUGA